UAAGCCAUUGUUCGAUAUAUUCCAUUGUCAUUCAGUUUGGAUUCUUUGUGUCAAACGAAACUCUUCGAACUUGGCAAUACCGUACGAUUCGGAUAAAAAAAAUCGGCGAGUUGUGCUUUGUGUGUAUGUGUGUGAGCGAUUUUGUAGUUAGAAUAUUUUUAUACACGGCGAAUGAUAGCGAUUAAUUAGGGAGUUGUGCGUCACCAAAUGUAAUUUUCGAUUUCGAAAAGAUAAAGACCAACCGAACGGACCAAACUAAAUUAACUAAGGUCAUAAACAAGAACCCAUUAUCAAUUUUUUUCUUCUUCGUCUAUCUGUGGUUGUGCCGCGUGCACAUAAACCAAAUACAUUCAAAGGGGCGAGAAAAAAGGAAAGAAAAACAUGUUCACAACGUCGCUGUACUUGCUAUUGACAAUUUCGAUUGUUACUAAAUAUUCAGACGGUUUUGUGGUGGACAAUAGUGCGUCAAUGAGAAAUGAAGUCAAAUCACAAACAGACAACCGACCAACCUCAUUCUUCGAUAGUAACAACAACAACAGCAACAGCAACAAUGUCAAUGAGGUCGGUAAUCACAUUCGAACAUCGGCGACAAAUGUGACUGCAAUUGACAACGCAAUGGAAAUGCCAAAACCAAAUGAUGCUGUCGAUUAUUCCAGUCGAGAUUCGGAUGACGCGUUAGCUGACGUGGAAACAGGUCGGAAGAAGUAUGGUGGUGGUGGCAUAUCAAAAUUUCCAAAGUUUAGUAAAUAUGGAAAGAUUGGCAAACUUGGCGGUGGGAAAAAAAAGAAAUACAAAUGGCUGUAUCCGAUCAUAAUUGGUGUAUUCCUUACGAAAAUGUUCAUGUUUCCACUGUUCGUAAAGGCGGUCACCAUUCUAUCAACGUCUGCAUUCAUGUUCAGCAAAAUGUCACUGUUAGCCUCGCUUAUCCUGGGAUUGAAAUUUUUUUUAGCAAACAACUAUCAAAACAAUGACUCCAAAGUGGAAAUCGUGCAUGUUCCAAUGAAAAAGUACAGCGGCGAUUGGGAUCGCGAAACAUCCGAAUCAAAAUUCCAUAAUGUAUUUCCGGACAAUAUUUAUGAGCAUGAGCUAAGACCAACGCGAUUCCAUCUUUAAUUCAUAAGUUGUAUUUAUUAACAAGGAAAUAUUAAACCGCAGAAAGUUAUUGAUUUUUUAUUUUAAAGAAAAUUCGACAACUCUUCAUUUCGAUGUAGUGCGAAAAACAAAAAUCUGUGCUUGAAACAUGAAAAAUUACACCGUGAACCGAAAUUUCAACCGUUUUAAUGAACGAUACUAAUGAAA